AUGAACUUUUACGUCGCCUCGCGUAGGCCAGCAGACGCAGAAGCUUCCGAGGCGGAGACUGCUAUCUCUGGGUCGAAAUCACUUCCCAGAAGCAAGCCUUUAAUAGCUGUGCAAGCGGACUUAAAAACGCGUACAGUGCAGGACGAGGAGAGGGAGGAUGGGGGAGGAGGUCGGAGGAGCAUCAGGAAAGUGGAAGGGGAAGAAAAGGGAGGUGGGGAUGAGAGGGUAGUAGCGGGGAAUGCAGCGGGGAAGAGUAAGGGAGGCAAGAGGAAGAGCAACAGGACGGGGGCCUGCAAGGAGGAGGAGGAGGCAGUGGCAGUGAUUGCUGGAGUGCUGAGGGAGAAAUUCGGGCCUCAGAUCGUGAGAGAGGUAGAGGAGUUGGGGAGUGGGAUAAGAAGCAGCGAGAACGACGAGAGAGUGGUGAAAGUGAAAGAGGAGAAGGAGGGGGGAGAGGGGAACGAUGAUGAGGCGGAGGAAGAGGAGGGUGAGGAGGACGCACCACCCACCACAUCUCCUCCCACGCACCCUCCUCAGCUGUACAACCGGCGGGUCGUAUCUCCCUCCUCCCUCCUCUCCCUCUACCGCUUCUUCUCCUCCCACCUCGGCAUCUCCUCCCCUUCCACUGUCGCUUCCCUCCUCGUCACUUUCCCGCAACUCCUCCGCUCCAGUCCCACCAAUGACUUCCUGCCACGUGUCCAUCUCCUCCAAUCAUAUGGCAUAUCUCAUGCCGAUAUCUCCUUCACUCCCCCAGGCACCCCCUCCAUUGCGAGCUCUGUGCUUCGUCGUGCCCCCAGCAUCUUCAGUUUAAGCAAAGAAUAUCUCUUAGCUAAGCUCCAGUUCUUUGUGGAGCUGGUGGGGGAGGAGGCAGCAGGGAGAAUGGUGAGGAGCCGCCCGAACGUUCUGCAACUAUCGAAGGAGAACGUGCAAGGCAAGGUGGCGACAUUGGCUGAUUUGAUUGGCCAAGAGAAUUCCAUGCGGUUGGUGGCUCGAUCUCCUCUGCUAGUAACGGCUAGUGAAGAUGGCAUGAAGGAUACUUUCAGAGAGCUUGUGCGAGAAGUAGAAGAGGCAUUGGAGAGAAGUGGAGACGUGGGAAAUGAGACGCAAUUGCUGGGUAAAGGUGACAGUGCGCCAAUUGUGGCCAGGGCGGUGGGGGAUCCUGUGCUAUGGGCUCUGCAUUUCACUCUAGUUUCGAUUAAACCAGGUGCUGGAGAGGAGACGGCAGGGGGGAUAGCAGAACUAGCAUCAGCAGCAGGAGCAGCAGCAGGAGGCGGAGGGAAUAGUGUGAGUGCUACAGCCUUUUUGCUGGGUGCUCUGUUGCUGCUUGAUGGGACCGGAGGGGAUGUGGCUGCUACAGCUGCCUCUCCUACAGCUGUCUCUGCUACAGCUGCCUCUGCUACACCUGCUACAGCUGUUCCUGUGGGUGGCGGUGGCGCCGGCUGUAGCAGAGGAGUUGCUGUUCAGAGGGCUGCUGCUCACGGCCCUGCAAGAGAGGCUCGGCAGGUGAGAGGCUUGGCAGGAGGCUCGGUAGUGAGGUUUGGCACCACCUUCUUUUUGGGUUUAAUAGCGCUCUUCGCCCUCUUCCACCUCUCCCUCUCCCUCCUCUUCCCCAGCAUGGCCCUUGGGAUUGCCGCCGGCCUGCUUGCUGGUGCGAAUGGGCUAUGGCUGUGUUGGAGACAGGAAGGGUGUUUCGACAAGAAGUGGAGAAGAGAGGAGCCAGCUGGGUGUUCUGUGUCUGACAAAGUGGAGGGGGUAGGUGCGGAGCGGAAGAAGGAAAGAAUGAAGGAACGGGUGACCGGCAAGAGCAGCAGUGCGAAGUCACUCUUAUGCUUCUUAUCUCCCCUUUUCUUCCCUGCAGAUGCUACAGCUGCCUCUGCUACAGCUGCUGCGGCCCUCACCCUGCUGGACCUGCUACAGCUGUUCCUGUGGGUGGCCAUGUCGCUGGCUGUAGCAGAGGAGUUCUUGUUUGGAGGGUUGCUGCUGACGGCCCUGGAAGAAAGGCUCAGCAAAUGCGACGCUAAAAAGGCUUCCGCGCAAGCAGACUCUCCAGAGCCGGAGGUCGCAAACUUCGGAGUGCAAUCGAAAGACGGUAGCGAGUCGGCACUCGCCGUUGGGCCGGAUGUUGAGACGCGUGGAGUGGGGGACGAGGAGGGGGAAGGGGUGCUGGGAGAAGUGAAGGAGAUCGUCAGGACAGUUGGGGGAAAGCAGGGGGGGAGUAAGGCAGUUGGGGGUAAGAGACGUGUGAGGAGUGCAGGUGAAACGAAGAAAAGCAUUGAAGGAAGCGGGAGUAAGAGUGCAGGGGGAAAAGGAUGCGAGGAGGAGGAGGCGGCAGUGACAGUGAUUGCUCAAGUGUUGAUGGAGAAGUUCGGACCUCAGAUAGUGAGAGAGGAGGUGGAGGAAGCAACUGAGGGGGAAGAGGAGGUGGAGGGAGAGGAAGAAGUGGCAGCGGGGGAGGAGGAGGAUAUAAGGGACACAGGAGCGAAGGAAGAGGACGCAGAAGCUGAAGCAAGUGAAAAGGGUUCACCAGGCACCACAUCUCGCUCCGCACGUGCUACCACUCUCUCCUCCCUCCUCUCCCUCUACCGCUUCUUCUCCUCCCACCUCGGCAUCUCCUCCCCUUCAACUGUCGCUUCCCUCCUCGCCUCUUACCCCCAACUCCUCCGCUCCAGUCCCACCAAUGACUUCCUGCCACGUGUCCGUCUCCUCCAGUCCUUCGGCAUAUCUCAUGCCGACAUAGUGCACAUCACUAUGAUAGGACCGGCCUGGCUCCGAUCCUCCCUGCCACGGAUUCAAAAAUCUCUUGAGUUCCUGUUGGCUCAAGGCGUCCGUCGUAGCAGAUUGGGCCCGGUGCUUCGACGUGGACUAGGCUUCCUCUGCAGGGAUGCACGUUCAACGAACCUAGACAUUCUGGUGGACAAGGCAGGCGUUCCUGUGGACAAGCUAGGUGCUGGAGGGGAGGGGGAAGGGGUAUUAGCAGAACUAGCGGCAGCGGCAGGAGCAGCAGGAGGAGACGGACGGGAUAGCUCUGUCUCUGCUACAGCCACUGCGGCCCUCCCUCUGCUGGACCUGCUACAGCUGUUCCUGUGGGUGGCGGUGUCGCCGGCUGUAGUAGAAAGGCUGCUGUUCAGUGGGCUGCUGAUCACGGACCUGCAAAAGAGGCUCGGCAGGAUGGGCGCUGCCAUGCUGCCAGCAGGCGCAGAAGCUUCCGAGGCGGAGACUGCUGUUUCUGGGAUCAACCCUCGAGUAGCGGUGCAAGUGGAGUUUAAAACGCGUACAGUGAAGGACGAGGAGUGGGGGGAUGGGAGAGGAGGGCGGAGGAGGAGCAGGAAAGUGGAAGGGGGAGAAAAGGGAGGUGGGAAUGAGAGGGUUGAGAGGGUAGUAGCCGGCAAUGCCGCGGGGAAGAGUGAGGGAGGCAAGCGGAAGAGCUACUGGAGGAAAGGCUGCAAGGAGGAGGAGGAGGCAGUGGCAGUGAUUGCUGGAGUGCUGAGGGAGAAAUUCGGGGCUCAGAUUGUGAGAGAGGAGUUGGAGGAGUGGGAGAGUGAUAUAAGAAGCAGUGGGGACAGAUUGCCGGCGGGUCGUAUCUCCCUCCUCCCUCCUCUCCCUCUACCGCUUCUUCUCCUCCCACCUCGGUAUCUCCUCCCCUUCCAGUGUCGCGUCCCUUCUUGCCUCCAACCCCCAACUCCUCCGCUCCAAUCCCACCAGUGA